AUGGCGUCGUCAAAGAUCGAGGUGGUCGAACAAGAUGAUGAAGAGAUCUCGAAAUUGGAGUCGGGUGAAAUUACAAAUCUAUCCGAAACAAAAAAGCAAGGAUUUUGUUCGUCAGCUGAAGUUGUUACCACUGCACAAAAGGUGGUAGCCGAGUUAAUCGGAACAUAUUUCGUGAUAUUCGCGGGAUGUGGCUCGGUGGCCAUCAACAAAAUCUACGGAGGGACCAUCACAUUCCCGGGCAUUUGUGUCGUUUGGGGUUCGAUUGUGAUGGUGAUGGUCUACACAGUGGGCCACGUAUCUGGGGCCCACUUCAACCCGGCUGUUACUAUCACAUUCGCCAUUUUUCGCCGCUUUCCUUGGAAGCAGCUUCCAAUGUACAUUGUGGCUCAACUGGUGGGAUCACUUCUUGCAAGCUUCACUUUAGCUUUGAUGUUCGAUGUCACGAAAGAAGAUUACUUUGGCACGCUGCCAGUCGGGUCUAACGCGCAAUCUCUUGCUAUAGAGAUCAUAAUCUCUUUCCUCUUGAUGUUCGUCAUAUCUGGAGUCGCCACUGAUAGCCGUGCGAUUGGGGAGCUGGGAGGACUUGCUGUUGGAAUGACAAUAAUGCUAAAUGUCUUCGUGGCCGGGCCAAUUUCUGGAGCAUCAAUGAACCCAGCAAGGAGCAUAGGCCCAGCCAUAGUAAAGCAUGAGUACAGAGGCCUAUGGGUUUAUAUAAUUGGCCCAGUAAUUGGAACUAUUGCUGGUGGAUUAGCAUAUAACUUAAUUAGAUUCACUGACAAGCCCAUUAGCGAGAUAGCUAAAAGCCGAUCAUUUCUCAAAAACAACUCCAAGAGGUGA